UCUCUUGUCGCGUAUUGAUCCAGCAGUCAGUUGUUUUGUAGCUUUUGAGUCAGGAUGGUGUCCGUGGUGUGUAACUGUUUGUCGGUUGUUUCUGGCUAAAGGUAUCUGGCAUUUUGCGGCUUUAAUGUCCCGUGCAGCUAAUUUAAAAACCAUCGGCAAAGCGGGAACCGGCUGGCACUUUCGCCGGACGAUGGACGAGCUGGUCCAUGACCUGGUGUCAGCACUGGAGGAGAGCUCGGAGCAAGCUGCUCGUGGUGGAUUUGGAGAUGGAGGAGACCAUGCACUGGCAGUGGGCUGUCUGCUGAAGAGGCAGGCUCGGAAGAGGAGGGGUAGGAAGAGGCGAUCAGACAAUCCACAUCCACCUUGGGAGACGGGCCACCUCAGUGAAGGUUCAGAAUCCAGUGUGGAAGAACAUAAGGACUACCGUGCAAGUACAGGAGGUGUUUCUGCUGCCAACAGUCAUGGCCGUGACAACAGUGACUCAGAUGAACAGCUUGGCCCCAAAAGGCGUACCCCCCUCACUUCUGAUGUGGGCCGAAACAAGAGACCGCUUUGGCCGGAUGACAUGGGUGUCCAUGGUUCUGCAGAGGGAACUCGCAGCCUCAGAAGGCGACGUAAGGUCAAACGAAUGGCUGUAGAUCCACCUGUGGAACCAGAACCCUCCUCCUCCAAUAUGCUCGGGCCGCCACCUGUCCCCAAAGCCCGUGUUGGUGUAAGGCCUCAUAGACUUGGUUUGAAUGAGGACAGGGUUGCCAUGGAGCUGUGUGGAGGAGGCAUGGGAGGGAAGAACAGGGUGAAGAAGAGGAAACUUGCCACCAUCAGGCUGGGAGUGGAGGCUGCGGAUGAAGGGGUGGUGGUGGAAAGUGAGGACCCCAUCUCCUCCCCGGUGGAAGGGUCCAAAGACAAAAUGGAGCUGGAGGAGCAGAAGGGCUCAGAUGAGGAGAUGAGUGACAGGUGUGAAACUAGCAGUGUCAGUAACAGCAGUGACGGUGGCCUCUACACUAAUGAUGAGGGGAGACAAGGUGACGACGAGCAGAGCGACUGGUUCUAUGAAGGUGACCCAGGCUCAGCGACAGCAGCCGGAGGCGCCUGUGGGAUUGCAGGAGUGAUUCCGUGGUGGGAGAGGGAGACGGGGUCAGAGGAGCUGGACCUCGCUGACCCAGUAUUCAAUAGUAUUCUCACGGGAUCCUUCCCGCUCAUGAGCCCUGGACAACAGAGAGGUUUCCACGCCAGACUGAGCCGUCUCCAUGGAAACCAGCAGGCGUCUGAUGUCGGAAUGCAGGGCAGCUCUGGCCAGGGUUUCAAUGACCGUCUGGGUAGACAAACCCACGACUCCCAUGACAGGCCGUGGUUUAGCUCAGGCCCAAGGAGAGAUCAUGGACAGCUGCACUGGGACCCACGGGCUGACAGAGGGCACCGGAGAAGCUGUUCAGUAAAAACAGCCAGCAGACAGACCAGCGGGCACCUGGGCUCUCUAUGUACGGGAGAUGUCAAGCGGAGGCGAAAAGCAGCCCCCCUCGGUUCCACUGCCCCCCCAGGUGUGGUUGGGGAGACCGCUCCUCCCAUCCCGGACACGAACAUGGGGAGCCGCAUGUUGCAGAGCAUGGGCUGGAGCCCGGGGAUGGGCUUGGGUCCAGAGGGAAGGGGCAUCACGGAGCCCAUCCGAGCCACACAAAGACCCAAAGGCACAGGUUUAGGCUUCAACUGAACGCCCAGCUUCUGGAUCUUGAACCUAAAGCAGACUUCAUCGACAAGGAGUAACAGAGAUAUAAUGCUGCUUAGAUGAUGACGAUGAAGAAUCAGAACUAGAAAUCUGCGAAUGGGGCUUGUCCUAGCAACAUAGUCUGACCUGAAACAGAAACCUUCCCAUAUUGGGGAAAAUGCAAGAAGCUCUUGAUAUCCACACACACAUACACACACACACACACACACACACACACACACACACACACACACACACACACACACACACACACACACACACACGGGAGUGAGUGACUGCAGCUGAGGUGGAGAAAAUACUUCUUGCAAACACGUCCUGUUGAGAAACUCCAUGUUGGAGGAAAUGAAUGACAUUGAUGGCUCAUUGUUAGUGUGUUAAGCUGGCAUGCUGCCUCAGACCUGUUACCUCACACACCAACGUCACAGCAUUUCAGAUUUCAGACUUGAGAGUUUUGUUGUUGAUCCUGUAGUGAGAGCAGCCGCGAUGACAGAUCGGUUUGUUUUUCCGGCGGCGGUAUUUGUUAUCGAUUUCAUGAUAAAUGGUUGUGUCCAAUAUUGAUGCAAGAAUUUUUUCGAAACUGAAAGGCUGUUUUGUUUCAGACGUACCUCAAGAUGUAUUUUAGGUUCCUUUUUAUUGUCAUGAAAUUAGGGCACACUGUAUGGAUGUGUGUUGGGGAUAUAGUUUUCCCAUCCAUUUUUAUUGUUUGUUUAAUGAUUGAUGUAAUGUCAUCAGAAACACUUUAUCUACCCCAAAACAAAAAGAUAAAAAUCAAAACCACAACCCGCCCAUCAUGUCCCACCACUAUGUAAGCAUGUGCAGCUGCGGCUGCUGCAGGUCUCUGCUCAUGUUUACGGAGAAAACACACGUGGAUAUGCGAGGGAAUGUUUUGCCAACAGUUUUCUCGAUUGUUGUCUGGUAUUUUAUCCCCAACCAAUGUUUGUACUGCAGACUGCAGUAUUAGUGAGUGUACACACACUAAUGUAACAAAUAGCUAUGACUGUCAGAUUAUGUAGUUCAGACUUCGGAGGGUUUCCUCCCCUCCAGGUUUGCAAAUGGGGGGCAAAUGUAUAAUUGCUGUCAUAAGAUGCAUCAAAAAGCCCGACAUACACACAAUUAUUAGUUUACUGGUGUUUUCACUUGAUUUGCUUGAUUAUUAGACCUUUUGUCAGGACUGUGGGCACAAACAGACUGUGAAUGGCAUCUAAUCUGAUGCAAAUGAACACAAAUGAUGUGCAGAACGUAAUUACAAUUAAAGCAACUGAAGUACUACUA